AUGCGUAUGAACUGGAAGAACUUUGGCGUAUGCUCGGCCAUAUCGUCGGGCAUGUUAUGUUUUGCGUAUCCCUCGUCGAUCCUCGCCUCGACGAUCGGUCAACCCGCUUUCCUCGACUACAUGGGCCUCUUGGACGGGACCGACUCAAUCAGUCCCCAUGGUAACACGUUGAUCGGGGCCUUCACCGGUAUCUUCCAGGCUGGCUCUGUCUUUGGAGUGAUCAUGGCUGGUUACGUGAUGGAAAAAUGGGGUCGCAAGACCGCCAUGAUCGUCUGUUCGGUCAUUUCCAUCAUCAGCGGAGCCAUCCUCACCGCGAGCCUGAAUCCGGCGAUGUUCAUGGUGUUCCGCUUCUUCACCGGUCUGGGGAGUUGGGGGUUUCUCUGCGUUACGCCCGUGUAUACUUCUGAGCUGGCCCAACCCGAGUAUCGCGGAUUGAUGGUCGGCAUGAACGGUGUCAUGAUCGGGCUAGGCUACUCGAUCGCAUCCUACGUCGGCCUCGGUUUCUUCUACUCGACCAACGUCACGGCACAGUGGCGCGGUCCGCUAGGCCUCGCCCUGUUCUUCCCCAUCCUCAUGCUCCUCAUGCUGUGGUUCAUCCCGGAAUCUCCUCGCUACCUGCUCAUGGCGCGGCGGCCGGAGGAAGCGUGGCAGAUCGUGUCCGACCUACACAAGAUCAAGGGCGACACGCGCGCCGAAUACGCCCGCACCGAGUUCUUCCAGAUGCAGAAGCAAGUCGACAUCGACCGCGAGAUGAACUGUUCGUGGUGGGAGAUGAUCAGGAGGCCGUCCUACCGCAAGCGGGCGGUCAUGGGCGCCACGUUCGCGUUCCUUGGCCAGAGCUCCGGGGCCACGGUGAUCACAAACUAUGGCACUAUCAUCUACCGCGCAUUGGGCUACGGGCCGCGCGAUCAACUGAUCUUCCAGUGCGGCUGGAUCUCAGUGGCUAUAUUUGGAAACCUCGGCGGAGCCAUCGCACUCGACUACUUUGGACGCAAAUCGCUCAUGCUGUGGGCGUUCAUCGGGUGCCUGGUCUGUCUGGUCAUCGAGGCGGCCAUGGUCGCCCUGUACGCCGACACGGGAGAGAACAAGGCCGGCCUGGCCGUCGCCGUCGCCGCGACCUACAUGUUCGCGGUCUUCUACGACCCGGGGAUCGACGCCAACUCGGCCGUCUUCUUCUCCGAGAUCUUCCCAAACCACAUCCGGCCGAAAGGUGCCACCAUAUGCUACGUGGUCUUUGCCCUGACCGACCUCGUCUACCUCCAGGUCGGGCCCACGGCGUUCCAGAACAUUGGAUAUAGAUUCUACAUUGUAUUCAUCGUCCUCAUGGCCGUCGCCGUCGUCUGGUGCUGGUUCCUCGUGCCCGAGACCAAGGGCAUGCCUCUCGAGGAGGUGGCAGCCAUCUUCGGCGACGCCGACGAGGUCGCCGUCUACCUGAGAGACGUGCACCUCGACCCGACCAACGACCAACUGGUCGUCGAGCACCACGACGGUAAGGGAGGCGACUCGAUCGAAAAAGUCAGCGAACUCCACGAGCACAUGGACAGGGUGGAGUCGAGAGACGCAAAAGACGCUGUGUAG